AUGCCACCUAAAUAAUAAAGAGUUCCUAUUAAAAGACCAUAAAUUGUAAUUAUUUUUAAUUUCGAUUCUAGAAAAAAUAAGCCAAAUAAGUGAAUCAAAAUUUAAAUCAAUAAGAUACUGAAUCAUAUGGAUAUGAGUCAGAAUACUAACAUGAGGUUUUGAAAAAAAUUUUAAUUUUACUCUUAAUUUUAUUUGAUUAUAUUUUAUUAAUCUUUAUUAUAUAAAUUAAACUAUAUUAGAGAGAAAAAGAGAGACCUCAAUAAACUGAUAAAGAAUUGAAUUAAGACAUGUUAUCUAAAAUGCUUAUACCUAAUAAUCCUCAAGCACCAAAAAAUAUUACUUAAUAUGACUAUUUAUAAAGAAAGGUAACUACUAAACAUUAUGAUUGUAUAAAACUGAUGAAUUGGUUGAAUAAUUGAUUCUACAUUUUAGGAUAGAUGGAGAAAUUAUACAUAAAGACUCUAAUGAAGCUAAAAUACAAGAAGAAUUAUAGGAAAAAAAAUAAGCAUUAAUCAAAGAAGCUUAAAGAAAUUAAGAAUUGGAGGAUCCUGGAGCAUAUAAAUAUCUUGAAGCAAUUAAAUAGACUAUGAGAAAUAAGUUUAAUUAUAAUGCAGGGAAGCCUAGACUGAAGGAAGAGUAAUUAGAGAAAGAGGAGUUUCAACUGAAUCUCCACCAAGUGAUACUAUAAAAGGUCAAAUUACUCAAUGGGAAAUCUUUGAUGCCUACAUCUAGAAUAAGGCUAAGGAAAAAGAUAUAAAAGAUAAAAGAUUACAAAUCUGACAAUACAGUUUAUAAACCAUCAUUUAAAAGAUGUUGAA